GCUCAAGAAGGUCGUGUGUGCGCUCGCAGUAAAAAAGCUCAAAGCUUUGCAUCGUUUCGUUCCGUUUCGCUUCGUUUUUGGUGUCGAUUUGUUUCGUUGAGUUUUCGUUUGUCGUCUUUCGUCGUGUUUCUUGAGCGCGCAAUUUCUAAAAAAAAUACGAAACAACAAAAUCAACUCCGAGUCACACAAAUUUGCAUUUGGAUUAAUUCUGCAAAUAAAUAUCAUUGGGCAAUUAAGGAAGUAAUUUGUGGCUGUCGAUGUGCUGUAGUUGUAGUUGUUGUUGUUGCAAGAUCAUCAGCCAGGCAGCGUCCCGAGUCAGCUUCAGCGUCAGCGUCAUCGUCAUCGUCAUGAAUGCAACCACAUGAAACGUCGGCUGUUGAAGCGUCAACAGCAAUUGCCAUAAUUGCCAUUGGAGCAGCAAACAUACACACAUACACACACACAUCACUUAUACAUACGGAUACACACCAGAGAGCUGGAGGCAAGGAGUCCAAUAACCGCACCACCCAUCCGACAACAACAAUAGCAACAACAACAACAGCGUUGAGCAUCGAAACUCGCCACACGAGAUAUCCGCGGCAGGCACAAAUCCAAUUGGCAGCCAGCAACGUUUGGCUCCUCCAAACUGAAUUGUAACAACGCGUCAAAGCAUCGGGCGCCGGAAAAUCCCAAAGUCAAAGCCAAAAAAAACAAAAACAAAACUAAAAUAGCAGAUAGAAAAACCUGUGGAGCGAGGGAUCAAUGAACGCGGCACGCAGCUGCCAGCAACAACGGCGCAGCGGAGCAUAAGAUAAAACGAAACGGGCCAGCAUUUGGCUUGGCAACGUUCAAGUUCAAAAUCGCCAUAACAACAGCAACAGCAACAGCAACAAUUGCAAUUGCAACUGCAACAAGCAGGAAGUUGCACAGCUGCACCUUAAUUGGGCGCAGUGUCAUUACCACCACCAUCACCACAGCAACAGCAGCAGCCAGUACAACAACCAACACACACGCUCAUCCCGCUCAAUGUAAGAUGUUAGUGACCAACCAAAACAACGACAAUCAGCAGCAGCAACAGCUUCGCCACAGCCACAGCAACAGAUGUCACAGCUGCAAUACUUGGCAACUCAGCUUUUGCCUGCUUCUUGGCUGCCUCUGGCUUCUAACAGCCACCACGGAUGCCACCUCGCCCACCUCCACGGUAUCGACAGCACUGCUGACGGGCCAACAGCUGGCGCCGUGGCAGACAACAGCCUCGUUUGUGGCCACCGCUGCUGCCACAGCGGCGCCAACAGCACGCAAUCUUUAUGCGCCAUAUCAGCGCUUUAGUCGGCAGGACGAUGUCAGCUUUAAGGAUGUGCGACAGCGCACCGAUGGCAGCAUUGUGCAAUCCUUUGGUUCCUAUCGCACAGCACGUCAAUCUGCCGCUAUCCCAGUAUCCGUCGCACAGCGUCGCUCGGAUGUGGAGAUUAUACCAGCUCCUUCCGUGGAGCUGCCGCUGAACGAGCUGAUCACAAUACCCAAGCAGCUGGUGCCCACGCUGCCCGAGAAUGUGACGCGUCAGGGACGCAAGCGCAACUACAUGUACAUUCCACUCCAGUCGGAGGCGGAAUCAGGCACCGCGGCCACCUUGCUGCAGCUGCGUCCCAGCCGCAAUGCCUCGCUGUCGGCGCUGGGACCGCCAGCCGACGGUGUAGCUGCCGUUGCCCAUGAAUUCGGUGCUGCUUUGGCCGCCCAGGCAGAAACGCAGCCACAACCCCAAUCAGACCGCACGGAGCGCAGCGAUCUGGUGGCUGCAGCCAGCUCCACAGAUAAGUUGGAGUAUGCCGAGCCAGAGAAUACGAGUCGCCGCGUGGGAUUUCAGUUCCCCAGCUACAGCCUGAAGCCAGCGAAUCCCUUCUAUCCGCAAGCCUAUCGCGAGGACAGUCCCAUCUUCGAUGAGGCCAGCGCGGCCAGCGGCGUCUUUGAGCCGCAACCUUACAGCGAAGAUGCCGCUCCCGCUCCCACGCCCACACAAUACGAGACACACGAGACACGCCACACGCGUCAGUUGUACUUUGACUCGGAUGUCUCGCCCUCCAGCUUUGAGUUUCCUGGUCUCGUGGCCAACUCGAAGCCACACACUCUGAAUGCCGCUGUGGCUGCUGGGAAACUGUAUCGCGAUGAUGUCACCAAGUUUGGCGAUAUCAAUGGCCCCAUCACCGCCUUGCCACAGCGCCUGCAACGCGGCCUCUACUUUGGCGACACGGAAUUCCGCACCGGACCUCCCGCCCCGCUGCGACAGUUUGGUCCACAGAAGGCCUUCACCGAGUACGUGGGACCUGGCGAUUAUCAGAGCUCCCGCAAGAGUCGCUACUUUCCCUACAAGUCGUCACGCAGUCCACGCGUUGUCUUUCCCAGCAACGAUAAUGUUGGCACCACCGGACCCAGCGGACCCAGCAGCGCUCCAUCCGGCAAUGGAGUUUACUUUAGCGACAACAUUGCUUUCAGAGAUCAGAACUUUGGCAUCAAUGAACUGGCUGCCGUUCAAGAUGUACGCAACGACUAUAGCCUACAGGAUCUGGACAGCGCUGCGGAGGCAACGAGCAGUCCUCAGUCGGCGAGCACAUUCAAGGAGAAAGUCGACAUCACAACGGACAUGGAGUGCCAGCAUCGCGGCGGUACCUGUGAGUUCUUUUUAGGCUGCUGGCUAUCCGGUGGCCUCAUACAGGGCACUUGCAACGGAUUGCUGCGGGGCUGUUGCCAUCGCACCGCCAAAUCGGCAAAUUUACGCAGCUCGGACUAUGUGGGCAAUACGGUUGAUCUGACCGAUUUGCCACAAAAGAACUUUGGACCGGUCAACAAUGAACCCAGCUGCGGCAUCUCGUUGGCCAAGCAGACAGCACAGCGUCGCAUUGUGGGCGGCGAUGAUGCCGGCUUUGGCUCCUUUCCCUGGCAGGCAUACAUACGCAUUGGCUCCUCCAGAUGCGGCGGCUCACUGAUCUCACGUCGUCAUGUGGUCACUGCCGGACAUUGUGUGGCACGUGCCACGCCCCGUCAGGUGCAUGUGACACUGGGCGACUAUGUGAUCAACUCAGCUGUGGAACCGCUGCCCGCUUAUACUUUUGGCGUUCGUCGCAUUGAUGUGCAUCCGUAUUUCAAAUUCACGCCGCAAGCGGAUCGCUUUGAUGUGUCCGUGUUGACGUUGGAGCGCACCGUGCACUUUAUGCCACACAUAGCUCCCAUUUGUUUGCCGGAGAAGAACGAAGACUUUCUAGGCAAAUACGGCUGGGCAGCUGGCUGGGGCGCCUUGAAUCCCGGUUCGCGUCUGCGCCCCAAAACGUUGCAAGCCGUCGAUGUGCCCGUGAUUGAGAAUCGCAUCUGCGAGCGCUGGCAUCGACAGAAUGGCAUCAAUGUGGUCAUCUACCAGGAGAUGCUCUGCGCUGGCUAUCGCAAUGGUGGCAAGGACUCGUGCCAGGGUGACUCCGGUGGCCCAUUGAUGCACGAGAAGAAUGGACGCUGGUACUUGAUAGGCGUCGUCUCGGCAGGCUAUUCCUGUGCCUCGCGUGGCCAACCCGGUAUCUAUCAUCGUCUCGCGUAUACCGUGGACUGGAUAUCCUAUGUCGUCGGUCUCACAGCCAACAUUUAAGCGCUAUAGAGCAACUCGCGUCUAAUUUAUUUUUUCAGCUCCCAGCCGGAGCGCGUCUUGUACAUAAUUCACUUUUCGGCUUCUUUGACAUACUCGUACACACUUCUUUUGCAUACACUUGUAAUCUCUCUAUUAUUUAUGCAUAUUUUUAAUAAAUCAUGAAACAAAUUAUAAAGUUAGUUGUAAGAAAAAAAAUGUGGAAGCUGCGUUCGGUAGAAUUUACUUAGCUAAGAAGAUAUCCUCUAAAGUGUGGGGAAAAACACAUCGAAAGAGCUUUGCGAUUUGCAUAAAAAUUUUAAAAUUUACCUAAACUAGAAAUUAAUUAUUAAUUAAUUUACUUAGUCAUAUGCGCUGUUACGUAAUUUUAAACUAUUUAUGAACUAAUUUUGUGUAAAUAAAUUAUGUAAAUGUUGAAAUCA